AUGAAAGAAGAAGCCCGGUAUCGGUGGCCACAUCUAGCGUACACUGCACAUGCAGAAAGUCCGGGGUUAGCGUCGGCAAUUCUCCAAACGCCUCAACGUACCCACAACGCCAUCACGCCAUCCUUUUCCUUCUUUUCCCCAUCAUACUCUGAAUCCCAAGCUUGA